AUGACUCACACCGUGCCACAAUUGAAAGAUAAGUCUUUAUUCAUCGGAAAAUGCCAGGUCAACGGUAAAUGGGUUGGGGCCCAGUCAGGCAGAACAUUCGAGGUCACUGAUCCGGCCACAAAUAAAGUUAUCGGAACAUGCCCGGAAUUCAGCGCGGCAGACACCGAGAGAGCCAUCAAGGCUGCCUCAGAUGCCUUCCCGGUCUUUCGCAAGACACUGGUACGCGAGAGGUCCCGACUGUUGAGGCGUUGGAAUGACCUCAUCCUGCAAAACUUGGACGAUUUAGCGACUUUGAUCACCUGGGAGAACGGGAAGCCAUUUCCCGAGGCUCAAGGCGAAGUCAAGUACGCUGCAGCCUUCAUCGAAUGGUUCAGUGAGGAAGCCCCCCGGCUGUAUGCUGAUGUGAUCCCUGUAUCUGUACCCGGAAAUCGAGUCUUGACUAUUAAAGAACCCGUGGGUGUCUGUGGCUUAAUUACCCCAUGGAACUUCCCUGCUGCCAUGGUCACCCGGAAGAUUGGCCCAGCAGUGGCAGCUGGCUGUACAGUCGUCGCUAAGAGCCCUGGGGAGACCCCAUUUACUGCCAAUGCUCUUGCAGAAUUGGCUUCUCGAGCUGGUAUUCCCAAAGGCGUGGUGAAUAUCGUGACUGCGCUAGAUAAUACCGCUGAGGUCGGCCGUAUGAUCACCACCCAUCCAGAUAUCAAGAAGGUCUCAUUUACGGGCUCAACCCGUGUGGGUAAGCUCCUCAUGGGACAGGCCUCUAGUAGCGUGAAGCGGGUCUCUUGGGAGCUCGGCGGCAACGCACCGUUUAUUGUCUUUGACGAUGUGGAGGACAUUGACAAUGCAGUCACCGGGGCCCUUGCCUCUAAGUUCCGGGGUACCGGACAGACCUGUGUCUGCGCCAACCGAUUCUACAUCCACCGUUCUCUCUAUGACGAAUUUUCCAAGCGACUUGUCGAGCGCAUCGAAGGCUUCAAUGUCGGGCCUGGAUUCGCCGAAGGGGUCACACAUGGGCCUCUCAUUCAUCCGGAAGCUGCACAAAAAGUUGCUGAGCAGGUUGCGGACGCUAAGUCCAAAGGUGCUCGUGUCCUUCUGGGGGGACAUCACAUUGAUGAACUAGGCCCCACCUUCUUUCAGCCCACGGUUCUGGGGGACAUGACCCAUGACAUGCGCAUUGCCUCUGAAGAAACCUUUGGACCCGUGUCUGCCCUAUUCCCCUUCGAAACAGAGGAAGAGGUGAUACAACUGGCCAACCGCUGCGACGUUGGUCUGGCCGCGUAUAUCUUCAGUGACAACGUCAGGAGAAUCUUCCGCGUGGCGGAAGCUCUGGAGGUCGGUAUGGUUGGUGCCAAUACCGGAUCUGUGAGCGAUGUGGCUGCUCCGUUUGGCGGUGUGAAAGAAAGUGGAUUUGGCCGCGAAGGAAGCAAGUAUGGAAUUGAAGAGUUUGUAAAUAUUAAGAGUAUCACUCUGGGUGGGAUCUUUUAG